UUUUGCUUCUGUACGUGCUGGAAAUAUUUGUCCCCUUCUUAUUUUUCACUUAUUUUUCUUUGGUAUCCAGGGACAAUCAGACAAGACAAAUACAAGAUGCUGUUUCAAAUGUGGAAAAACAUUUUGGUGAAUUGUGCCAAAUAUUUGCUGGAUAUGUACGUAAAACUGCCAGACUACGAGACAAAGCAGAUCUUCUGGUAAAUGAAAUAUAUGCAUAUGCAGCCACGGAGACACCAAGCUUAAAAGUUGGACUGAAAAACUUUGCAGAUGAAUUUUCCAGACUUCAGGAUUAUCGCCAGGCAGAGGUUGGCAGGCUUGAAGCCAAAGUUGUUGAACCUCUGAAAAGUUACGGGACCAUAGUGAAACUUAAAAGGAUCACAAUGAAGAAGAAACUUUUUGAAACUCAUAAGCAGGUAGUGUCCUGCAGAGUCAUUAAGGAUAAGCUGAAUAUACACAAAAACCUGGGGUCUCUUCACUGUAUUCUGGAAGCAGUCUAUAUUGGG